UUAAUUGAAAUUUUGUCAGCUGACUGAUGUGCAGUGUGCAGAAAUUAUUCGCAUCUGUUUUUAACCAGCUAAUUUUAUUGAAAUUUGUUACUGUUCCUCAAAAUGACGUUUAUUAAGGAAAACAGCAGUGUUCUUUUAGUUCUAGAUCGUGAAAUUUCAGAAAACACCGUUACAGAUUUCAUAAUAGAAGUAAAGAAACCUUUGUGUAAUCUCAAGCAGUUGACAAUUGUACCGACAAACGAAUUAGAUACACGUCGUAACAGUGUACCUACUUAUGAUACAAUUAUUUCUGUUUUCAAGCAAUCAUGCCCUAAUUAUGAAAGAUAUUUAGAAGAUUGUAUCAAAGCAAUGAAACCAGCUGGUAUACUAAUUAUUUAUGAGUCAUUUAAAGAAGAAAAAGAUGCACAAUCUAUGUAUGACAAAAGAAUAUCAAAUGUAAAAUUAGCUGGUUUUAAAGUAAAAUCACCUGGAGAUAUAAAUAUUGAAUUAAAGAAUUUGUUACUUGAUGUAUACAAAGACAUAGAUGAUGUGUCUGAAAUAAUAGCAGAAAAACCCUCAUUUGAAAUUGGUUCUAGUGUGUCACUUAAUUUUGGACAAGCAAAACCCAAUAUUUGGAAGUUAGACAGUGCUGCUGAGGAAGAAUUAAUUAAUGAAGAUGAUCUUCUCGAUGAAAUUGAUGUGUUAAAACCUGAAGUUUCAAGUUUGAAAGUUUGUAGUACAACAGGUAAACGGAAAGCAUGUAAAGAUUGCACAUGUGGAUUGGCUGAGGAACUAAAUGGAAGAAUCGUAGAAGAGAAAACUGUAAAAUCUUCCUGUGGAAAUUGCUACCUUGGUGAUGCAUUCAGAUGUGCCAGUUGCCCCUAUUUAGGUAUGCCUGCAUUUAAACCUGGCGAAAAAAUAAUGUUACCUGAAAGCCAAUUAAGAAUGGAGUAAUGAAGAAUUCUUUGUAAGUUA